UACCAACAAUGUUAAACAAAAAAAGUAAAUUCCAAUAUCAGUGCGCACUGAUUUUCGGAGUUUGAAAAAAUUUGGUUUUCUUUAGUUUGCACUUUAUUAUUGUUUUUAUUUUCUAUUUUUAUCUUUACUUUUCUUUCAUACUUUUAUUUUUUUAUCUUUUAUUUGUCCAUUGCCGGUUCUCCAAUAGUGUCAUUUUGGGUAAUUUUAUAAAAUUAUUUAUUUUUAUAUAUUUUAUAAAAUGGUUCAGUUAAUUUAAUUAAUUUAGAGUUUAAAUUUGUUAGAGGGGCCUAUUUGCACCAGACUGAAACUUUAGGGGUAUUUUUUUGUACAAGAGGGACAUCUUCCAAUAAUAUCAUUUUCGGUCAUUUUACAAAAUUAUUUAUUUUUAUAUAUUUUCUUAAAUCGUUCAGAAUAAUUUAGUCAACUUAGGAUUUAAAUUUGUUAAGAGAGACCUAUUUGUAUCAAAUUAAAACUUUAAGAGUUUUUUUUUUUUUUUUGGCACAAAAGGGGUGUGAUAUAUACUGUUAAAAGAAUGUUUUCUGCACUCAUAUACAGUGGAAUCCCCAUAUAAACUUCUUUUUUCGUUGUCUUUUGUGAGUCAGGGAGGAAUUUUACUUUGCGUGAAUGGGGGAUUUAUUCCUUCUUUUAGCUUCCACUUUUCUCAUGCUACGUUCUGUCUAAGAAUUUUACUUUGCGUGUCCUAAUGCUGCAUUAUUCAUUUUCUUUGUUUUUGACAAGGGAAUUGAAUUCCUUUUGCUUCACCUGUUUAUAAGAUCAUCGUACAGGCCUACUGCAACAACUGCACAAACAAAAACAACACAAACAAAUCACUGAUAUCAUCAUCAUCAUCAUCAUCAUCAUCAUCAUCAUCAUCUCUUUACAAGAAAUGGCAGACGCAAUUGUGACUGAAAUCCUGAAGAAGUUGGGUUCGGUGGUUGUCCGAGAGAUCGGAUUCGUGUGCGGUAUGAAGGAUGAAUUUGACAAACUCAGAAGCAUGCUUUCCACCAUUAGAGCAGUGUUUGUCCAUGCGGAGGAGCUGCAAGACACAAACCCUGAGGUAGCAGACUGGCUCGAAAAGCUCAACGAUGCACUUUAUGAUGCUGAUGACUUGCUGGAUGACUUCUCCACACAACUUCUCCGGCGCCAGGUUAUGACUCAGGAUAAAAGUCUAAAGAAGUGAAUGAAUUAACAAAUUUAUCCAUAUGAGAAGUGCAAUAGACAAGUCGAUCCUUGGCUCCUGCUCGAUGAUUCUUCAACUGUGUGAGACACUGAGACAACACCAUCCAAUCAUCUGACCCAGAAGCAAAAGCAGCCAAUUGAUCUCUCUUCUUCUCUGCAAUCACUGGCUUCACUCUGUAAUUGCUAUGUUCUUGACAGAAUUUACAGAUGGAAGAACAGGGGGUUCAACCAUUCGUUUGGAGCUCGAUCAAGCAUGGUGUCUUUGUUUUUGAGAAUGAAACCACCCACUUCAUUGAAUUUCUCUCUGAGAUUAUAUUGAGUUUCGUAGAUUUUGUCGCAUUUCUUGCAUUGGACCUGUCGUGUGAUGGUAGAGAUUGACGAAACUAGGAAAGGCAUGUACCCUGUUUGUUUGUGUCGAGUUCAGCAUUUAUGAUACUAUGUAACCUUUGAAGAGCCUUCACUUACAUGGUAUACACA